AUGGGGUUUGGCGGCGGCAGCUCCCGCAGGACAGCGGGGUGUGGGCGGCAGCAGCGUCUCGGAGCAGGGGUUCACUCCUGCUCUUCUCGUGCUGCCACCCAGCCCUGUGAAGCUUCAUGGCUUAGAGGAGUGAGCAGGGAAGAGCAGAUGUUAUAUGUCUUCACCACCUGGCGCUCGGGGUCGUCCUUCUUCGGGGAGCUCUUCAACCAGAACCCCGAGGUCUUCUUCCUCUACGAGCCGGUGUGGCACGUCUGGCAGAAGCUGUACCCCGGGGACGCUGUGUCGCUGCAAGGGGCGGCCCGCGACAUGCUGAGUUCCCUGUACCGCUGCGACCUCUCCGUCUUCCAGCUCUACAGCACGGCGGGUGCCGGCAAGAACCUCACUACGCUGGGCAUCUUCGGGGCAGCCACCAACAAGGUCAUCUGCUCCUCGCCUCUCUGCCCGGCCUACCGCAAGGAGGUGGUGGGCAUGGUGGAUGACCGGGUGUGCAAGAAGUGCCCCCCGCAGCGCCUCAGCCGCUUCCAGGAGGAGUGCCACAAGUAUCGCACGCUGGUCAUCAAGGGUGUCCGUGUCUUCGACCUUGCUGUCCUCGCCCCACUCAUGCGGGACCCGACCCUGGACCUCAAAGUCAUCCACCUGGUGCGGGACCCCCGGGCCGUUGCCAGCUCCCGCAUCAAGUCCCGGCACGGCCUCAUCCGGGAGAGCCUGCAGGUGGUGAGGAGCAGGGACCCCCGCAUCCACCGCAUGCCCUUCCUUGAUGCUGGCCACAAGCUGGGUGGAAAGAAGGAGGGGGGGGGUGGCUCGGACUACCAUGCCCUGGGUGCCAUGGAGGUCAUCUGCAGCAGCAUGGCCAAGACCCUGCAGACUGCCCUGCACCCCCCUGACUGGUUGCAGGGCAACUACAUGGCCGUGCGCUACGAGGACCUGGUGGUGGAGCCCAUCAAGACCCUGCGGCAAGUGUAUGGCUUUGUCAACCUCGUGGUUAGCCCAGAGAUGGAGAAGUUUGCCCUUAACAUGACCAGUGGCCCCGGCUACUCCUCCAAGCCCUUCGUGGUGUCGGCCAGGAAUGCUACCCAGGCACUGAGUGCCUGGAGGACUGCACUCAGCUACCAGCAGAUCAAGCAGGUCGAGGAGUAUUGCCACCAGCCCAUGGCCCUGCUGGGCUACGAGAGGGUCGGCAGCCCCGAAGACGUGAAGGACCUCAGCAGAACGUUGCUCAGGAAGCCUCAGCUGUGAC